AUGAUCGGAGAAUCUACCAGCAAGAAUCCAAGAAUCAGCCACAUGUCCAUUUCCAACGGAGAUAUCUGCAGCGACUUCGGAAGCAGCCCCGUUUACACCGUCCAAGUCCCUCCAACGCCGGAUAACAAUCCGGGUCCGCUUCAUAUCGGUCUCCAAGACAUGGACUCCAGUUCUUCUUACAAAGACGAAGACCUGGAUCAAACCGAACUGAGAAACAGUAAAGAAGAGGAUGCCUUGCUCUACAAGAUAUCUCAGCCCUUAACCCGUGUCGUCAAAAUCUCUCCGAUCAUCAUCGCUCUGUAUCGGAUUUUAAUAUUUGUCCGAAUCGUAGCUCUCUGUCUGUUUCUCUUUUGGAGAGCCAGAAACCCAAAUGAGAAAGCAAUCUGGUUAUGGGGUCUCUCUGUGAUAUGCGAAAUAUGGUUUGCUUUCUCUUGGUUAAUCGACCAAAUCCCUAGGCUUUAUCCGGUUAACCACGCAACCGAUACCGAAGCCUUGAAGGCGAGAUUCGAAACACAAAACCGGAAUAACCCAACCGGGAAAUCAGAUCUUCCUGGAAUCGAUGUGUUUGUUUCAACUGCUGAUGCAGAGAAGGAGCCUCCAUUGGUUACAGCCAACACAAUCCUUUCGAUAUUAUCUGUUGAUUAUCCUGUUGAGAAGCUUUCUUGCUACCUCUCCGAUGAUGGGGGGUCGCUUCUAACUUUUGAAGCAAUGGCUGAAGCAGCUAGCUUUGCGAAAAUAUGGGUACCUUUUUGCAGGAAACAUAAGAUCGAGCCGAGGAAUCCGGAAAGUUACUUUGGUUUGAAGAAAGAUCCUUACAAGGGUAAGGUGAGGCAUGAUUUUGUUAGAGAGCGAAGGUAUGUGAAACGUGGUUACGAAGAGUUUAAGGUUCGGGUUAACGCCUUGUCUCAUUCGAUUAGAAGGAGAUCAGAUGCAUUUAAUAGCAAAGAAGAGAUCAAAGCUUUGGAGAAAUGGAAGAACUGGAAAGUGAAAGUUGAGGAGGACCAAGUCAAGGAACCAAGGCCUGCUAUAGUAGCUCCUAAAGCUACUUGGAUGAGUGACGGCACGCAUUGGCCUGGUACUUGGACUGUUCCUUGUCAAAACCAUUCGAGAGGUGACCAUGCUAGUAUUAUACAGGUGUUGCUUGAUCCUCCUGAAGAUGAACCGGUUGAUGAGAUAGGUGGGGAGGGGCGUGCGCUGGAUUUUGAAGGAGUAGACAUUCGUUUACCAAUGUUUGUUUACGUUAGCCGCGAGAAACGGCCUGGUUAUGAACAUAACAAGAAGGCAGGAGCUAUGAACGCUUUGGUCCGAGCCUCAGCUAUAAUGUCUAAUGGACCGUUCAUCUUGAACUUAGACUGUGACCACUACGUCUACAACUCCAUAGCCUUUAGAGAUGGGAUCUGUUUCAUGAUGGACCAAGAUGGCGACCGCGUUUGCUAUGUUCAGUUUCCACAGAGGUUCGAAGGUAUAGAUCCCUCCGACCGCUAUGCUAACAAAAACACUGUCUUCUUCGACAUUAACCUGCGGGCUCUCGAUGGGAUUCAAGGUCCGAUGUAUGUCGGGACAGGAUGUUUGUUCCGAAGAACUGCUCUUUACGGUUUCGACCCGCCUCUGGCUCCUGUCGAAACAGAACCGUCUGGUAGCUGCUGUUUCCCGCAGCAAAAGAAACGCAAACCUGCAACCCUCGAAUAUGCUAGUGGAAUCGGUAAAGGUUGCAGAGUUCCAAGGUAA